AUGCCCACACCUCAGUGGACUAUACCCUUCUUCUCCACACUGCUCGACUACUGUUCUUCCACAAGAAAUUUACGUAUACUCAAAAAACUACAUGCCCGAACGAUAAUCACAGGAGUCUCCCACCACGAUUUCAUUCGUGCAAAACUCGUCUCAUCGUAUUCAGUUUGUGCUCAAUUACUCGAGGCAUCCAUUAUCUUCUCACUCACUAAUCGCCGAUCCACUUUCCUCUACAACACCCUUAUCCGAGCCUUCUCAUCUCUAAAUCACUUCUCCGAUUCUCUCAUCCUUUUCCGCGAAAUGCUCCGUGCUCAUAAACCCUUAGACCGCCACACUCUACCCCCGGUCCUCAAAUCCUGCGCCGGUGUUCCAGCUCUACGACUCGGACGCAACGUCCAUGUCCUUGUUUUCUCAAACGGGUUUGAUACCGAUGUUGCUAAUUUAAAUUCUUUAGUAACAAUGUACGGCAAGGGAGGCGAUUUAGUGAGUGCCCAGAAGGUGUUCGAUGAAAUUUCCGAAAGAAACGUGGUUACAUGGUCGGCUAUGAUGAGUGGGUAUGGAUUGUACGGGAGAUGUGAAGAAGUGUUUGAACUGUUUGAGAGAAUGGUUGGUGAUGGGGUGGUGCCAGAUGGACUGACAUUUACAGCGAUUCUUACUGCAUGUAGUCAUGGAGGAUUGACUGAGAAAGGGAAGGAGUACUUUGAGAUGAUGAAAGAUAGAUGUGGAUUGAAGCCAUGUUUGGAACAUUACACUUGUAUGGUUGAUAUGUUGGGGAGGUCAGGGAAGGUGGAGGAGGCAGUGGCUAUGGUUAAAGAGAUGGAUGUUGUUCCAGAUGAGGCUUUAAUGGGUGCAUUGGUGGCUGCGUGUAAGACUCAUGGAAAGUUGGAAUUAGCUCAGAGAUUAUUAACUGAAAUGACCUAUGCAAGAAGGUCAAUCUCAACAUAA